AUGCCCAGCAGUGAAUACAUCCACAUUGUCGAGCGCUCUCCCCGUUUGGAGAUCCGCAGUCCGCUCUCCUCUUCUUUAUAUUCACCUCUAUCCUCGUCAUCCCCAUUCUAUUCACCCUUGUCUCCGUCGUCAUCGUCGUCCUUUUCCUUCUCGUAUUCAUCCCACUCAGAUCCCAAAGAAAGAAGAAGUAGUGGCACAACGAUCAUCUACUCUCCUCACCCUGAGUAUCAUUCUCACUAUUACUUUCCAGGCGAUAGGGGCAGGAGGAUGUCUUCGUCGUCUUUGUCAAGUUUCAGCAUUAGACGCACUCGAUCGCGCUCUCGCUCUCGCUCUCGUUCUCGUUCUCGUUCUCGCUCCCGUUCCAAUUUCAGUCUUCGUUCGCGGUCGCGGUCGCGCUCAAGGACCAGACGGUUUUCGUUCUCUGCCAGCUCCGGGGAUGAUAGUAGUCAUUAUGGCCGUCGUGCUAGUUCCUCUUCUGGCAGUCCGCGGACUCGGUACUACAGAUAUGGCUCGUCUGUGUUCGACGAUGAUGACUCUUCUGAUGAUGAUGCUGGUUAUGGUCGUCGGGACGGUGUGUCUUAUAUCGAGCGCGAGCCCAGACGUUAUUAUCGGGAGUCCAGACGACCGAUUUCAAGGAAAGAAAGUAUUAUGCGGAGAAGUGAGAGCGAGCCGAGGAAAGUGAGGUUUUCUGAUACCGCUCGCGUAAGGUAUAUCUAG